UUGCGCCUGCGUCACAACAGUCAAACCAAAAGCCACGAAAAGGGAAACGAAGCUAAAGCGAAAAGCAGUCGCAAAAAUAUAAAUAACCGAAAAACAACGAACCAGACACAAUAUAAGAAAAAAGAAUGCUUGAUAAUCCAGUAAAAUCGAUAUUUGCAUACAUUGGUAAUUAAUCGAGAUAAGGAGAUAAUGCCGGCUAAGCGAAAAAACAUCACCAUAUAAUAUCGGAAAUUGUGAUCCAACUUACACAGUAAAAAUAAAAUAGUAUUUAAUAAGAAGCCAUAGAAAAAGUGCUUAAAAAUCUGUGCUGUCAAAGAAAGUAAUCAUGGAGAAGAACAAUAACAAUCUGCCUUCUGCCAAUGGUCAUCAUCCUUUGAGCAAUGGCAAUGGAGUGAUCCCUGCCCAGGACCCAAAAUCCCCGCCAGCUGCCGAGGGUUGGGGUCAAACUUUGUGGAAUAUCUGGGAUGCCUUUGCGGAUGUUGCCUGGUUCAUUAUCUGCUGCAUUGGAUACAUCCUUCAGGAUCUGUAUUAUAGCUUUGGCUAUCCCGAAAAGGAACUGAACACAGAUAUUGCCUUGAUCACCGGUGGAGGCAAUGGAUUGGGUCGCCUUCUGGCCGAACGAUUGGGCAAAAUGGGAACCAAGGUCAUUAUCUGGGACAUCAACAAGAAGGGCAUUGCGGAAACCGUGGAAAUUGUCGAAGAGGCCGGUGGUUACUGCAAGGGCUAUGUGGUAGAUAUAUCCAAAAAGGAGGAGGUCUAUAAGGCGGCCGAUGUCAUCAGAGCUGAAGUUGGUGAUAUCACUUUGCUGAUCAACAAUGCUGGCGUUGUCUCUGGCCUGCACCUUUUGGACACACCUGACCAUCUCAUCGAGCGCUCCUUCAAUGUGAAUGUCAUGGCACACUUUUGGACGACAAAAGCGUUUCUGCCCAAGAUGAUUGAGAAUGAUCGAGGACAUAUUGCCACAAUUGCCUCGCUGGCUGGCCAUGUGGGCAUUAGCAAAUUGGUCGAUUACUGUGCCAGUAAAUUCGCAGCGGUUGGCUUUGAUGAGGCUCUGCGUCUGGAGCUGGAAGUCCUUGGCCAUACGAACAUCCGUACCACCUGCAUCUGCCCGUUCUUCAUCCAGGCCACUGGCAUGUUCGACGACGUGAAUGCCAGAUGGGUCCCCACGCUGAAUCCCAACGAUGUGGCCGAUCGUGUCAUUGUGGCCAUCAGGAAGAACGAGAAAUUGGCCGUCAUUCCUGGUUUCCUCAAGGCCCUUCUCUCCUUCAAGUGGACCUUCCCCUGGGGCUGUGUGGGCGGUCUGCUGAAGCGCCUGGUGCCCGAUGCCUCGCCCCAUGGAUUGCCCAGCUCGAUAGUUGCCCCCUCGCCGCCCAAGUCGCAGGCCAAGGCCAUGUCCGCGGACAUUGCCGCUCUGGAUGCUGAGCUGAGCAGCGUGACGCUGCCGGCGAAGCCACCCUCGAUGCUGAUCCAAAGGACGCCGUCGCUGGGGGAGCGUGUCCUUUGAGCAGGGACACCCCCGCAUAUCCUGUAUAUCCUGUAUUUACCACUCACUCCUUAAACAUUGCGUGUGUGUGU